AUGAGGAGCGAGGCUUCGCCCGGCGCAGGAGCCGACGUCGGCGCUUCCAGCUCCAGCCCCCGAAUGAAUCAGCCCAGCGCAGGGCCGGGUAUUCCUAAGGACGGACCACGCCCCCGGAAGCGUGAUGCCACCGGCCUUAAAAAGGUCCUCCGUCCUCCUCGCCGCUGGGGGCGCUCGGGAGCCAGCCUCCGGGGUGCGCGCCGAUUGGCUCCUCGGGAAACAGCCGGGACCUCUGGUUGCGCCAGGCUGGCGUCCGCUGGUCGGUGUGGGUUUUCAGUCCCGUGCACUUUUCUCCUGUUUUCUUUUUCGUCUCUGUCCUUUGAUAACCGCCAACGCCGGCUUGGAACUCCCCGAGAGUUCUUCCUUAACAGCAGUACCUCCUUUUUUAGUUCUAAUGAAGCUCGAGGAAGUCACCAUUUGGCUGAAACUGGGACAGGAUUUCCCAAACUUCCUUCGUUAAAAAAUAACCUAACGGUGGACGAGAUUGAAUUCCUAGCGUAUGUGGAACUACUGGAUGAAGUAGAACAAGGUGUGAUGAGAGAAAAGGCAUCUUCUGUCAGUCUAAAUACAGAAAGAACCAGGAUGGAUAAAGGUGAAGACCUAAACAUACGUGAGCCUCUUUCUCCUGCCUCUGAGGCACUAACCACCUCUCUGCUGAGUGACCUCAGGUACAGCCCAUCAGAGGAAGAGGAGGUGACAUAUACAGUCAUUGAUCAAUUCCAGCAGAAGUUUGGUGCUGCAAUGCUCCACAUCAAGAAGCAGAGUGUCCUGAGUGUGGCAGCCGAAGGUGCUAAUGUGUGUCGUCAUGGGAAACUAUGUUGGCUUCAGGUGGCCACAAAUAGCCGAGUUUACUUAUUUGACAUUUUCCUUCUGGGAAGUCGUGCUUUCAACAAUGGACUUCAGAUGGUGUUAGAAGACAAGAGAAUUUUGAAGGUUAUCCAUGAUUGUCGUUGGCUUUCUGAUUGCCUCUCUCAUCAGUAUGGAAUUUUGCUGAAUAAUGUCUUUGACACACAGGUAGCAGAUGUCCUUCAAUUUUCCAUGGAAACAGGUGGCUUUCUUCCAAACUGCAUCAGUUCUUUACAGGAGAGUUUAAUCAGACACCUUAAGGUAGCCCCUAAGUAUCUCUCCUUUCUGGAAGAAAGACAAAAAUUGAUUCAGGUGAGUACUGAAGCAUUGUGGUUCACACGACCUCUUUCACCUUUUUUUUUUUUAAUUUUGGCCCUGGAAGCUACCUACCUACUUUUUUUUUUUUUGGUACUCCUGGAUGAGAUGAUGUCUGACCUAACCACCCUUGUGGACGGGUACCUAACCACCUACCGGGAAGGGUCUGCAGACCGCCUUGGGGGGACAGAGCCUACAUGUAUGGAGCUUCCAGAAGAUUUUUUUUUUUUCAAGGACUUCCAGAAGCAGCGCAGAGAGUUUUUUUUUUUAGAAUAUAGGGUGAACGCACGGGGCCUCCUUUUUUUUUUUGUGCUACAUCCAAAGAAAUCAGUGACAGAUUUUUUUUUUUAAGUAGGGGUUUCCUUACUUUGUAAAAACUUUUUUUUUUUUGAAACUCCAAGUUUUACAUCUCAUCAGGUUUUUUUUUUUCUGAAAGAGGAAUCUAAAAAUAAACAAACUCCGACAGAACCUCAACAUCUACCUCCCAUGAAGGAAGAAUUUUUUUUUUUUUGUAUCAACAAACUCAUUUGCUCUGAGUUUUUUUUUUUUAGACAGGAGUUUCAGACAAAUUUAUCUUUUUUUUUUUUUUUAGAACAGUUACUGAUGGUGGAAAACAAGGAAGAUCUAAAAUGCACAAAGCAAGAUGUUUCAGUGUCUCUUUCCCUUCCUCAGGAAACCGGAGUGUCUCCAAGUGACACCUUUCAUCCUCUUAGAAAAGCUGUGCUUCCCACACUUCCUUUUUUUUUUUUCUUGGAGAAAACAGAUUCUUGG